GUGCUCGAUAAGGCGAUGAACGCGAACAUUGAUCAAUUCGUCGCGGUGACGGGUGCUUCGGCGCGCGACGCAAAGCGCUUCCUCGAGAAGUACAAGCGACUCGACGUAGCCAUCGACGCGUUCUAUGGCGACCCCAAUGCACUGGCGAGUGCGCAACGCAGUGGUGUCUCCACGACCAAGAUCACCCAGCUCUUUGAUCAGUACAAAGGUAUUGGCGAUGAUAUGAUCGCGGUGGACGGUACGAUCAGACUAUGUGCGGAUUUGGGCUCGGAUCCGGCGGAUGUGGUCUGGCUGGCUGUAGCGUACGAGCUCAAGUCACCGAGCAUGGGCGCAUGGUCGCGGAAGGGCUGGGUGGACGGCUUGAAGCGGCUAAACAUCUCGGCGCUGCAGAAUGUGCUGGUGCAGCUCCGGCAGAAGCUCUCGCAAGACCCGGAGUAUUACACGCAAGUGUACAACUACACGUUCGAGUUCUCGAGACAGCCCGGGCAGCGUAGUCUAGGUCUGGACGACGCGCAGGGGUUCUGGGCGCUCCUCAUUCCUCAUGGUCUGCAAGGUGGCGCACUAGCACAUGUCCAGCGAGAUGAUGAUGUGGACAUGACGGGCGAGGAAGGGUGGAAGGAGGAGCACACGCAAUGGUGGCUCGACUUCCUCAACGAGAGGGGCGGGAAGGGAAUCAGCAAAGAUACUUGGCAGAUGUUCCUCGAAUUUGUACGGAGCAUCGACUCGAAGUUUGAGAAGUACGAUGCGGAAGCUGCAUGGCCGUCAACGAUAGACGACUUCGUAGAGUAUGCGAAGGCCCGACAAGCCUCGUGA